AUUAGGCCGGAAGAUGCGAAGGUGACUAGUAUCAGGGAGUGGCCACGACCUCAGACUGUUACUGAGGUCAGAUCUUUCUUAGGAAUGUGCGGCUACUAUAGGAACUUCGUAAAGAACUAUUCUACAGUCGCCUCUCCUUUGAUUGAUCUAACUCGACUUGACACGCCGUGGGAUUGGAGUGAUGAGUGUGAGGCUGCUUUCAAACGAUUGAAGCAUGCAUUCAUGAAUCAUGAGGUUCUUAUGGUGCCCGAUCCUCAGAAGCCAUUCAUAGUGACCACUGACGCAAGCCAAUACGGCAUUGGCGCAGUGCUGGCUCAACAGGAUGGGAAAAAGUUGAGACCGAUUGAGUAUAUGAGCAAAAAGAUGCCAUCAAAGAAGUUGGCUAAGUCCACCUAUGAAAGGGAACUCUAUGCUCUUUACAAAGCACUAGUUCAUUGGAGGCACUUCCUGUUGGGACGAUUUUUCUACUUGAGAACUGACCAUCAGACUCUUAAAUGGAUCAAGACUCAACCGACUCUUUCUGAUGCACUCAAGCGUUGGAUUGAGGUCAUAGAUCAGUAUGACUUCAAGCUAGAGUAUCUGAAGGGAGAGUACAACAAGGUUGCAGAUGCGCUGUCACGUAGAGCAGACUACCUAGGGGCGCUAGUUUAUGAGUUUGGUGUAUCUGAGAAAGUAACUCAAUCACUGGUGGGAGCCUAUCAGGAAGACCCUGUCGCGAUGGACAUCAUACGCAAACUUCAGGCGAAAGACAAGGCCACAGAAGAUGAGUUUGUGAUGGUGGACGGGCUUCUCUUUCUUGAUAAGGUCGGUUGUAAAAGAUUAGUGAUUCCAUCUAGUGAACGUUUGCGUAGUUUGUUUCUAGGAGAAUGUCAUGACACAACCGGACACUUUGGUUACAAAAAGACGAAUGCUAAUCUAGUACAACGAUUUUGGUGGCCUGGAAUGUUAGAAGAUGCAAAGAAAUAUGUGGAGACCUGUCAGGUCUGUCAGCGGGACAAGCCGCGAACUCAAGCAUCGCUUGGGUUGCUAAAGCCCUUGCCUAUCCCCGCUGGUCCAGGACAGAGUGUUUCCAUGGACUUCAUGGACACCCUGGUGACUAGUAAGAGUGGCAAGAGGCACAUCUUUGUCAUCAUUGAUCGAUUCACCAAAUACGCUAGACUAAUUGCCAUGCCAGAGACCGCAAGGACUGACCACGUCAUCAAGUUGUUCAUGGACAACUGGGUGCGUGAUUUUGGUUUACCAAAGUCAAUCGUUAGUGAUAGACAUGUCCGCUUUACAAGUGAGCUGUGGAAGAAGACUGCUGAGCAGAUGGGCAGUCAACUUCAGAUGACUUCAGGGAAUCAUCCCGAAGCCAACGGACAGGCCGAGCAGAUGAACAGAGUUGUACAACAUCUGCUGAGGCAUUACAUCAAGCCCGACCAGGAUGACUGGGUUGAGAAGUUGCCUCUCAUCGCCAGCCUGUACAACAACGCUGUACACAGCAGUACCGGCGUUAGUCCUAACCAGCUGCACUUGGGAUGGAAGCCUAGAUCAGCUCUGGACUUCCUCCUACCUGAAAACCGACCCUCUGCAACUCCAGGCACACUUGAGUAUGGUGUCAAGUAUGAUAAGUUGCUACAACAAGCUGUCGAGCACAUCAAGAAAUCUCAGCAAGCGAUGAUUGCUUCUGUGAACAGACAUCGUCGACAGUCCUCAUUUCAGUUCGCUGAGCCUAUGCUUCACAACUUAGAAUCCUGCAUUGCAGAUUCAACACCCGCUUUGCCACUGCUCUUCAUCCUGUCCCCAGGAUGUGAGGACCCGACCAUGGACCUCAUCCGCUUCGCCGAUGAGCAGGGCAUCCACGUCGAGGGUGUCUCUCUUGGACAGGGCCAAGGUCCAGUUGCUGAGAAAGCUAUCUUGGAGGCUGCUGAGACCGGUAGUUGGGUGCUCCUCCAGAACUGCCACCUGGUGGUCAACUGGCUGCCUAAACUCGAGCUGCUGUUUGACUCUCUCAAAAGCAAUUACGCAUCCAAAGAUCUAACCCCAAUCCCGGGACCCGUUACCGUUCCAGCAUCUGGUCAGACCCACCACCAAUCGACAUCGGGCACACAGUGGAGUUCAGAUCGCCUUGGAAAGGAUUCAUCUGCAGAAGGCAAACCACCGAGCGACCCAGCAAUCGCGGCAGUCAACAAUAAGGUGGUGAACACAGAAGUCAACAGUCCUAGUCAGUAUGGUUUGGUGCGUGGCAGCAAGGGUGAAAGAGGAGGAGGAGGAGGAGAAAAAGAAGAAGAUGAUCCAGAAGAAGAAGACGACAGCGGCAACAACGAAGAAGAAGAAGAAGGUGAUGAUGAUGAUAAUGAUGAUCAUAAUGAUGGUGAUGAUGAUGAAGACGAAGCAGAAGAAGAAGGACAAGCGAGUGGUAAGAUCAGUCGUCUUCAGAGGAAGCAGAGCUACAAUGCCACAGGCAACACGGUGCAUCGUGGUUCGAUUGAAUCAGCCAAUAAUCAUGGAACUCCGGAGCUGAAAUCUGGUGGUCCAGAAGUAGUAGAAUCUGGCAAGCCAGAAAGGCUAUCUGCUGCCUCCACCAGUCCAUUUGAUUUAGCAACGGGGCCAUCUCCAAGUCCAUUAAUGGGGGUGGAAAAUGCAGGAGGGUCGGUGGAAACAGGGGUAUGGAGUCCUAUUCCUAAUCAGACUGGAAAAAGGGGGGUGAGAAUAAGCCCCCAGCUGCUGCACCCAAGCUUUCGGCUAUGGCUGACAAGCUAUCCGAGCGCAGAAUUCCCUUCCACAUUGGUUGAGUCUGCGGUGAAGAUGACGACAGAGGCCCCAAAGGGUCUGAGAGCGAACCUCCUCCGAUCAUUUACAUCUCACCCGAUCUGCGACGAAGAAUUUUUCCAAUGCACAGACGUGUCAGGAAAUGUCAGAGCGGUUGCUGGGGGACGUCCAGCCUGGAAACGGAUGAUACUAGGCCUCUGCUUCUUCCACGCCUUCGUGCAGGAAAGACGAAGGUUUGGUCCUUUGGGAUGGAAUGUGCCUUAUGAUUUUAGCGACGGAGACCUAAGAGUCAGUGCAAGACAGCUCAAAAUACUUGUGGAAAAUCAUGCAGCCUCUGACAUGAUCCCGUACAAAGCGCUAAGGUAUUGCAUUGGAGAAUGCAAUUAUGGAGGUAGAGUGACAGAUGACCACGAUCGCAAAACCCUCAUGACUUUGAUGGCGUUGUUCUAUUGCCCGGCCAUCCACAAGGAGACCUUCCAGCUCCCAGAUGGGGACUACCUAACACUGCCAGAUGAUGAAGCGGGAUAUGAAGAGUACCUGCAGUACAUCAGAGGAGCAGGCGGCAAAAAUGAAGAAAUUGGAGGAGGAGAUGGGGAGAAGAAGUUGGAGUGGAAGUUGAGAAUGAAGAGGGAGAAGAAGAGAAGGAGGGAGGAAGUUUAUCGGUUGACCACAGAGGUGGAGAACGUGAGAGCCUGUAGGCAAGAAGUGCAGGCGCAGGCAGAUGUUUCUGCCAAAAUGGACAAGAUGUUGGGGUAUCUGGAGGUAUUGAGUGAGGCCUGGCUGGAGGAACGCCAAGCCAACUGGGGUCACGAUGUGGCCCUGAAUGCCAUGCGGUCAGGGUUUCGAGAGUUUGCGCGCGACAUGGUUACCCGCGUUGGGGCCGAAGUCAGGCGGUUGAGAGAUAACGUGGGGAAGUUCUGUGAAGGCACCAUUGAGGGUGCCAAAGCAGUAGCCACCGUCGAGAGCGAGGCUAGACCCCGCAAGGACCCAGUUAAGCUUAAGUUCCCAUCGUACGGCGGGAAGCCUGAGGAGAAUUAGCGUAAACAGUUAUGUUUACUUACAACAUAUCGUACAGGACGAUCAGGUCCUUGUAGCCUUCCAAGCCCUCAAGGAGGAAGCGGCUAGUUUCGCUAGGUCCCUCGCGCGCGCGGUCGGUUGUGAAAACAACAUGGUCGCUUAUUCCAAAGUCACCCCCCUCCCUCAAUUCUUCAAGCUCCUUAGGGAGCGGUUUGUUGAUCUUCGCAGGGGCGUAAGAGCCUCUGACAAACUCCAAACCAUCCACUCACGGCAGUGGAGGAGUGCCAGGGCACUCAAAGCCGUUAUGAA